AUGGUCGGCAACAACGAAGAGUACUGGGUCCCCGAGGACUACGAGGGCAUGAGCGCCGGCCGCUACCUGGCCACGCGCGUGUCCUCGCUCAAGCCGCCGAUGCUCAACGUGCCGAACCCGUGGAAGCUGCUGCGCAUGCUCAACCGCCAGCAGUGGUCCUUUUUCGCCAUUGCCUUCUGGGCCUGGACCUGGGACGCCUUUGACUUCUUCACCGUGUCGCUGACCGUGGCCGACCUGGCCAAGCAGUUUGGCAAGACGAACACCGACAUCACCUGGGGCAUCACGCUGGUGCUCAUGUUCCGGUCUGUGGGCUCCGUGGCCUUUGGCGUGGCGGCCGAUCGCUACGGGCGCAAGUGGCCGUUUAUCGUCAACAACCUGCUGUUUAUUGCGCUUGAACUGGGAACCGGAUUCUGCAACACGUACAAGCAGUUCCUCGCCUGCCGCGCGCUCUUCGGCGUUGCCAUGGGCGGUCUGUACGGAAACGCAGCGGCCACGGCACUGGAAGACUGCCCGUCGGAAGCCCGCGGCAUCAUUUCCGGAAUCCUCCAGCAGGGUUACGCCUUUGGAUACCUCCUCGCUGCCGCCUUCGCCCGCGGCCUCGUCAACACCACCUCCCACGGAUGGCGCCCGCUGUACUGGUUCGGCGCCUGCCCGCCCGUCAUCUUCAUCGCCUUCCGCCUGAUGAUGCCCGAGACCCAGACCUACCGCGAGCGCGAGCGCAUGCGCAUCGAGGCCGGCCGCAACCGCAGCGACGAAAAGUCGGUCGGCAACGUCUUCCUCACUGAAGGCAAGGUCGCCAUCAAGCGCCACUGGCUGCUGCUGACCUACCUCGUCCUGCUCAUGGCCGGCUUCAACUUCAUGAGCCACGGCAGCCAGGAUCUGUACCCGACCAUGCUGACCAACCAGCUCGCCUUCAGCGCCAACAAGGUCACCGUCACGCAGGUUGUAGCCAACCUGGGCGCCAUGACUGGCGGAACCGUGGUCGGUUUCCUGAGUCAGUCCAUCGGCCGUCGAUUCAGCAUCAUCUGCUGCUGCAUUGUCGGCGGCGCUCUGCUCUACCCAUACACCUUUGUGCACGACACCUCCAUCAUGGCCGCCGCCUUCUUCCAGCAGUUCUGCGUCCAGGGCGCCUGGGGCGUCAUCCCCAUCCACCUGAUGGAGCUGUCCCCCGGUGCCUUUAGGACCUUUGUCGUCGGCACGGCCUACCAGCUGGGCAACCUCGUCUCUUCGGCGUCGUCCACCAUCGAGGCCCGCAUCGGCGAGCGCUUCCCCCUGCCGCCCACCACAAAGGGCGUCCCCCGCUACGACUACGGCAAGGUCAUCUGCAUCUUCAUGGGCUGCGUCUACGCCUACGUCAUUGUCCUGACCUUUUUGGGUCCUGAGCAGCUGCGCAAGAGCUUCGACGUCGCUUACGACCACGACGCUGCCGUGGUGGCUGGCUGGGACGACAAGGCAAAGGCUGAGCACGAGGAGUUUGACACCAAGGCGCGGGACUCUACUGCUGGCGAGAAGCAAGCUGAGGAGGUUUGA